UUCAACGUAUAUAUUUUGAGCUGGCUGUGCUGGUCUGGGAAUUUCUCGUCUGAUAUUCCUUAAAAAAUCAAGCCAAAAUGGGGAGGCGAUCGAUUAACACCACGAAGAGUGGGAAGUAUAUGAAUCCUACUGAUCAAGCAAGAAAGGAAGCAAGAAAAAGAGAAUUAAAAAAGAACAAGAAGCAGCGUAUGGCAGUGAGAGCUGCUGUACUAAAGAACAAAGAUCCCUUGGGUUUACUGCAGGACUUAGAAGCCUUGGAUGAACUAGAGUUGAAUCCUGAGGUGACAACAGAUCUGAAUGAGAAGGUUAUCAGAGAUAAGAGAAAGAAGAUCAAGGAAACACUUGACAGAGUUCUAAAGCUUUAUAGUCGUGAAGAACCAGAACGUUAUGGUGACUUCAAGAAGGCAGAGAAGAAAUAUGAAAAACAGAGAACCUCAAAGGUCAAAGAUUAUGAGGCUAUUAGAGAUGCAAGACAGGUCACUGUGGAAUCUAUCCCACUACCAGAUGCACCAAACGCCAUCUCUGCCAUACCCCUCCCUCAGGACAUACCCCUCCCAGGGGCACAGCCACUCUCCAUCUUGAAGAAGAGCUCCUCAUAUGGACCACCGAUGAUCCCGCCCCCCUUCAUGGCAAACCUUCCCCCUUCUCUUCCCACUCUGACCUGGCCGUACUGCCUCCCUAACGGGAAGAAACCCCCAGGACCACCUCCUGGCUUACCUCCAGGGGUGUCUAUGCCCCCUCCUGGACCCCCUUCUGGACUACCACCUCAUCUCGCUGCUGCUCAUCAAAUGGAACAGUUACUCAGAGCCGAGAGAGAUGAAGAGCUAUCUUCUGAUGAAGAUGAAGAUCAAGACAUGGAAGAGGAGGCUAGAGAGCAAGAGAAUGAAUCCGACGAGAUGGAGACAGACGAUAGUGACAGCGAGGACGAGAGAGAGCGGGAGAGGAGGAGACCAGAGAGGAGUGAUGACAGCGAUACAGAGGACAGCAUGGCUGAUGAACGAGAGAGGGAGGAACGAGAAAGGGAAGAGAAGAGAGAGGAGAUGGGUAGAAGGUUACGGCGGGAUAGUGGUGAUGAUGAGGAUGAUGAUGAUGAUUAUCACAGAAGAAGACGGAGGAGGAGAAGGUCUAGCAGCGACGAGGAAGAUUCAUAUCGAGAAAAGGAGAAGAGGUCUGUCCGCUUUGCCGAUGAUGGUGAGAAUGAAGAGAGUUCUGAGGCUACCUUGACCCGUAAACUACCCCCUGGAAUGACACCCCUACAGGCCAGGAUGUUGGCCAUGGCUGGACAACAAAUACCCCGUUCUGCAGAGAAGGCAGAUGAGGAGGAGGAGGAGGAAGAACAAGAAGAAAGGAGAGGCCAUGAUAGAGAAGAAGACGAAGCAGAUGAUGAAGACGAAGGUGAGAGGAGAGAAGAAGAACCACCGGUGGAUGAGCAGUUGGAGGCUCUAAGAAAAGUGGUUGCAUCGGUGAAAGCUGCAAGUUCAGCAAGCAGUAUGAGUCAGGGUGCAGGACCGGUGGCUCCUCCGACACGCCUUCCUCCCGGUCCACCUCCCACAGCUCCUCCAGGCUUCCCACCAGGGAUGCCUCCCAACUUCAACCGCCCCCCUCCUCUUCGCCCACCUCCCCCUCCCCUCAGGAUGAUUCCUCCAGGCCCACCCGCUGGCCGACCCCCUGCACCACCUCCAGGACCACCACCAGGUGUACCUCCACUCCUCAGAGGUGGACCACCUCCACGCUUAACCCUUCCUCCCGGCAUGCUGCCCCCACCACGCCUUCCAAUGCCCCUCAUGCGACCCGGCAUGCCACGCCUGGAGAACCCCAAUGUAUUCUCAGCCGCGCCCAUGAUCAGACGUCUCCCGGCCAAGAUGGAAGAAGCGGCUGACGUCAAGUCCUCCGCUAUCAUCGAAGCUAAACCUCAGAUCAGGAAUCUCACUGCUGAUGUGACCCGCUUCAUGCCGACGUCGCUCCGUGUCAAGAGAGAUGCUAAGGGUAAAACAAAGGGACUGAAAGCAGGCGGGGCGGAAGAGAUCGCCAUGGCGCCGGCGGCCAUGAAGAAACCCAAACCUGCUGUCAAAUCAGCCACCAAGGAUGAUGCGUAUGAUCAAUUCAUGAAAGAAAUGGGUGAAUACAUGUAAAGGACUUAAUCGUGUUGGAUCAAGUGGACAUCCAACUGAAUGAAGUUCAUUGAACAUUUUCGAAGCCAAAAACUGGUACUCGCCGCCAGUCGCGUCUGUACAUAAACUGACAUGUAGAUGCAUAAUAAACAUUUCAAAAGUUGAGCAUUAUACAGUAUGGCACAGAAGAACUUCACUAUGGAUUUUUCUUUAGACCAGGAACAUUUGUUAAACAUUUAUUUUCCAGAGUAGAUAAUUGCUGUCUAUUAAGUAUAAAUUCUGGAAUGGAAAUCUAGAUUUUGUGUUUGAAGUACAUCAUGUUAAUUAUAACUGUUAAGGCUACAUUUGUUGCAUGUACUGUAUAACCGGUAAUUUUGCAAGCAUGAAACUUUCUUGAACUUAGGAUGUUGUCAAGUUAUAUGCGAAAAUUCAUGUCGUUAAAGCUAAUCUUGAGCUCUGGUAUAGGGAUCGUAUGUCAUAUGGAUUGUUUAUCCUGCAGUAGAUUGAUUGUUUGACUUAGUAAAAUGAAAACAACCUCACAAAAACUUGCUGGAAAUCAUCUUCAAUUAAAACCACAUCUCUCAAUUGCACAUAGUGACCUGUCUUAAGCACAUGGUGUCGGGCCUACUUACCUUGAUUUCCUUAUCUUUCUAUGCUCAUUAUGCAGCAGUCGGCCCCUAUACAUUUUCUACCAAAAUCGUUUGGCACAUGUCAUUUAUUCGUAAUCUUGAACAUUCAGUGCAAGUUUUGUUGGAGUCUGUGAGAAUUUAUCUUGUAUCAUUACCAGAACUCAAGCUUAUCUUUAUUAAAGUGAUUGACUCACACAUUGAA